GACAGGGCCGGGUCUCUCCGCGGACGAGACAGCGGGGAUCAUGGCCGCGCAGGUCGCCCCCGCCGCCGCCAGCAGCCUGGGCAACCCGCCGCCGCCGCCCUCGGAGCUGAAGAAAGCCGAGCAGCAGCAGCGGGAGGAGGCGGGGGGCGAGGCGGCAGCGGCCGAGCGCGGGGAAAUGAAGGCAGCCGCCGGGCAGGAAAGCGAGGGCCCCGCCGUGGGGCCGCCGCAGCCGCUGGGAAAGGAGCUGCAGGACGGGGCCGAGAGCAAUGGGGGUGGCGGCGGCGGCGGAGCCGGCAGCGGCGGCGGGCCCGGCGCGGAGCCGGACCUGAAGAACUCGAACGGGAACGCGGGCCCUAGGCCCGCCCUGAACAAUAACCUCACGGAGCCGCCCGGCGGCGGCGGCGGCGGCAGCAGCGACGGGGUGGGGGCGCCUCCUCACUCAGCCGCGGCCGCCUUGCCGCCCCCAGCCUACGGCUUCGGGCAACCCUACGGCCGGAGUCCGUCUGCCGUCGCCGCGGCGGCGGCCGCCGUCUUCCACCAACAACAUGGCGGACAACAAAGCCCUGGCCUGGCAGCGCUGCAGAGCGGCGGCGGCGGCGGGGGCCUGGAGCCCUACGCGGGGCCCCAGCAGAACUCGCACGACCACGGCUUCCCCAACCACCAGUACAACUCCUACUACCCCAACCGCAGCGCCUACCCCCCGCCCCCCCAGGCCUACGCGCUGAGCUCCCCGAGAGGUGGCACUCCGGGCUCCGGCGCGGCGGCCGCCGGCUCCAAGCCGCCUCCCUCCUCCAGCGCCUCCGCCUCCUCGUCGUCUUCGUCCUUCGCUCAGCAGCGCUUCGGGGCCAUGGGGGGAGGCGGCCCCUCAGCGGCCGGCGGGGGAACUCCCCAGCCCACCGCCACCCCCACCCUCAACCAACUGCUCACGUCGCCCAGCUCGGCCCGGGGCUACCAGGGCUACCCUGGGGGCGACUACGGCGGCGGGCCCCAGGACGGGGGCGCGGGCAAGGGCCCGGCGGACAUGGCCUCGCAGUGCUGGGGGGCUGCUGCUGCUGCUGCGGCGGCGGCCGCCGCCUCGGGAGGGGCCCAACAAAGGAGCCACCACGCGCCCAUGAGCCCCGGGAGCAGCGGCGGCGGGGGGCAGCCGCUCGCCCGGACCCCUCAGCCAUCCAGUCCAAUGGAUCAGAUGGGCAAGAUGAGACCUCAGCCAUAUGGCGGGACUAACCCAUACUCGCAACAACAGGGACCUCCGUCAGGACCGCAGCAAGGACAUGGGUACCCAGGGCAGCCAUAUGGGUCCCAGACUCCACAGCGGUACCCGAUGACCAUGCAGGGCCGGGCGCAGAGUGCCAUGGGCAGCCUCUCUUAUGCACAGCAGAUUCCUCCUUAUGGACAACAAGGCCCCAGUGGGUAUGGUCAGCAGGGCCAGACUCCAUAUUACAACCAGCAAAGUCCUCACCCUCAGCAGCAGCAGCCACCCUACUCCCAGCAACCACCAUCCCAGACCCCUCAUGCUCAACCUUCAUAUCAGCAGCAGCCACAGUCUCAGCCACCGCAGCUCCAGUCCUCUCAGCCUCCAUAUUCCCAGCAGCCAUCCCAGCCUCCACAUCAGCAAUCCCCAACUCCAUAUCCCUCCCAGCAGUCCACGACUCAGCAGCACCCCCAGAGCCAACCCCCCUACUCGCAGCCACAGGCACAGUCUCCCUACCAGCAGCAACAACCUCAGCAGCCAGCAUCCUCGACGCUCUCCCAGCAGGCUGCAUAUCCUCAGCCCCAGUCUCAGCAGUCCCAGCAAACUGCCUACUCCCAGCAGCGCUUCCCUCCACCACAGGAGCUUUCUCAAGAUUCUUUUGGGUCUCAGGCAUCCUCAGCCCCCUCAAUGACCUCCAGUAAAGGAGGGCAAGAAGAUAUGAACCUGAGCCUUCAGUCAAGACCCUCCAGCUUGCCUGAUCUCUCUGGUUCAAUAGACGAUCUCCCUAUGGGGACAGAAGGAGCUCUGAGUCCUGGAGUGAGCACAUCAGGGAUUUCCAGCAGCCAAGGAGAGCAGAGUAAUCCAGCUCAGUCUCCUUUCUCUCCUCAUACCUCCCCUCACCUACCUGGCAUCCGAGGCCCUUCCCCAUCCCCUGUUGGCUCUCCCGCCAGUGUUGCUCAGUCUCGCUCAGGACCACUCUCGCCUGCUGCAGUGCCAGGCAACCAGAUGCCACCUCGGCCACCCAGUGGCCAGUCAGACAGCAUCAUACAUCCUUCCAUGAACCAAUCAAGCAUUGCCCAAGAUCGAGGUUAUAUGCAGAGGAACCCCCAGAUGCCCCAAUACAGUUCCCCACAGCCCGGCUCGGCCUUAUCUCCACGUCAGCCUUCUGGAGGACAGAUGCACACAGGCAUGGGUUCCUACCAGCAAAAUUCCAUGGGGAGCUAUGGUCCCCAAGGGGGUCAGUAUGGCCCACAAGGAGGCUACCCCAGGCAGCCAAACUACAAUGCCUUGCCCAAUGCCAACUAUCCCAGUGCAGGCAUGGCUGGAAGCAUGAACCCCAUGGGUGCUGGAGGUCAGAUGCAUGGGCAACCUGGCAUCCCACCUUAUGGCACACUUCCUCCAGGGAGAAUGAGUCAUGCCUCCAUGGGCAACAGGCCUUAUGGUCCAAACAUGGCCAAUAUGCCACCUCAGGUUGGGUCAGGGAUGUGUCCUCCACCAGGGGGAAUGAACCGGAAAACUCAAGAAUCUGCUGUCGCCAUGCAUGUUGCUGCCAACUCUAUCCAAAACAGGCCACCAGGCUACCCUAAUAUGAGUCAGGGGGGCAUGAUGGGAACUGGACCUCCCUAUGGACAAGGGAUUAACAGUAUGGCUGGCAUGAUCAACCCUCAGGGACCCCCAUAUCCCAUGGGUGGAACCAUGGCCAACAAUUCAGCAGGGAUGGCAGCCAGCCCAGAGAUGAUGGGUCUUGGGGACGUCAAGUUAACUCCAGCUACCAAAAUGAACAACAAGGCAGAUGGGACACCUAAGACAGAAUCUAAAUCCAAGAAAUCCAGUUCUUCUACUACAACUAAUGAGAAGAUCACCAAGUUGUAUGAGCUUGGUGGUGAGCCUGAGAGGAAGAUGUGGGUGGACCGUUAUCUGGCCUUCACGGAGGAGAAGGCCAUGGGCAUGACAAAUCUGCCUGCUGUGGGUAGGAAACCUCUGGACCUCUAUCGCCUCUAUGUGUCUGUGAAGGAGAUUGGUGGUUUGACUCAGGUCAACAAGAACAAAAAAUGGCGGGAACUUGCAACCAACCUCAAUGUGGGCACGUCAAGCAGUGCUGCCAGCUCCUUGAAAAAGCAGUAUAUCCAGUGUCUCUACGCCUUUGAAUGCAAGAUUGAGCGGGGAGAAGACCCUCCCCCAGACAUCUUUGCAGCUGCUGAUUCCAAGAAGUCCCAGCCCAAGAUCCAACCCCCCUCUCCUGCGGGAUCAGGGUCUAUGCAGGGACCACAGACUCCUCAGUCAACCAGCAGUUCCAUGGCAGAAGGAGGAGACCUGAAGCCACCAACUCCAGCAUCCACACCACACAGUCAGAUCCCCCCCUUGCCAGGCAUGAGCAGGAGCAAUUCAGUUGGGAUCCAGGAUGCCUUUCCUGAUGGAAGUGACCCCACAUUCCAGAAGCGGAAUUCCAUGACUCCAAACCCUGGGUACCAGCCCAGUAUGAAUACCUCUGACAUGAUGGGGCGCAUGUCCUAUGAGCCAAAUAAGGAUCCUUAUGGCAGCAUGAGGAAAGCUCCAGGGAGUGAUCCCUUCAUGUCCUCAGGGCAGGGCCCCAACGGCGGCAUGGGUGAUCCAUAUAGCCGAGCUGCAGGCCCUGGGCUUGGAAAUGUGGCUAUGGGACCACGACAGCACUACCCCUAUGGAGGUCCUUAUGACAGAGUGAGGACGGAGCCUGGAAUAGGGCCCGAGGGAAACAUGGGCACUGGGGCCCCCCAGCCCAAUCUCAUGCCUUCUACCCCAGACUCGGGGAUGUAUUCUCCCAGCCGCUACCCCCCGCAGCAGCAGCAGCAGCAGCAACGGUCAGUGAAGCCUGGUCUCGGUGCCACUGUUACUCAGGCUUUGCCAUUCUCCAGCCUAAUCUUCUGUUUCUCUCCCUCCUGUAGACAUGAUUCCUAUGGCAAUCAGUUCUCCACCCAAGGCACCCCUUCUGGUAGCCCCUUUCCCAGCCAGCAGACCACAAUGUAUCAGCAGCAACAGCAGAAUUAUAAGCGGCCAAUGGAUGGCACAUACGGCCCUCCUGCCAAGCGGCAUGAAGGAGAGAUGUACAGUGUGCCAUACAGCACUGGGCAGGGGCAGCCUCAGCAGCAACAGUUGCCCCCUGCCCAGUCUCAGUCUGCCAGCCAGCAACAAGCUGCCCAGCCUUCCCCUCAGCAAGACGUGUACAACCAGUAUGGCAAUGCCUAUCCUGCUACUGCCACUGCUGCUACUGAGCGCCGACCAACAGGCGGCCCCCAGAACCAAUUUCCAUUCCAGUUUGGCCGAGACCGAGUCUCUGCACCCCCUGGCUCCAAUGCCCAGCAGAACAUGCCACCACAAAUGAUGGGCGGCCCCAUACAGGCAUCAGCUGAAGUUGCUCAGCAAGGCACCAUGUGGCAGGGGCGUAAUGACAUGACCUAUAAUUAUGCCAACAGGCAGAGCACGGGUUCUGCCCCCCAGGGUCCUGCAUAUCAUGGUGUGAACCGAACAGAUGAAAUGCUGCACACGGAUCAGAGGCCCAACCAUGAAGGCCCAUGGCCUUCCCAUGGCACACGCCAGCCUCCAUAUGGUCCCUCUGCCCCUGUGCCCGCCAUGACAAGGCCCCCUCCAUCUAACUACCAGCCCCCACCAAGCAUGCAGAAUCACAUUCCUCAGGUAUCUAGCCCCGCUCCCCUGCCCCGGCCAAUGGAGAACCGUACCUCUCCUAGCAAGUCUCCAUUCCUGCACUCUGGGAUGAAAAUGCAGAAGGCAGGCCCUCCAGUACCUGCCUCGCACAUAGCACCUGCCGCCGUGCAGCCCCCCAUGAUUCGGCGGGAUAUCACCUUCCCACCUGGCUCUGUUGAAGCCACACAGCCUGUGUUGAAGCAGAGAAGGCGGCUCACAAUGAAAGACAUUGGAACCCCGGAGGCAUGGCGGGUAAUGAUGUCCCUCAAGUCUGGGCUCCUGGCAGAGAGCACGUGGGCAUUAGACACCAUUAACAUCCUGCUAUAUGAUGACAACAGCAUUAUGACCUUCAACCUCAGUCAGCUCCCAGGGUUGCUGGAGCUCCUUGUGGAAUACUUCCGACGAUGCCUGAUUGAGAUCUUUGGCAUUUUAAAGGAGUAUGAGGUGGGUGACCCAGGACAGAGAACACUUCUGGACCCUGGGAGAUUCAGCAAGGUGUCUAGUCCAGCCCCCACGGAGGGGGAGGAUGAAGAAGAACUUCUAGGUCCUAGAUUAGAGGAGGAGGAGGAAGAAGAGGCAAUUGAAAAUGAUGAGGAGAUGGCCUUUUUGGGCAAGGACAAGCCAGCUUCAGAGAAUAGUGAGGAGAAGUUAAUCAGUAAGUUUGACAAACUUCCAGUAAAGAUCGUACAGAAGAAUGACCCAUUUGUGGUGGACUGCUCAGAUAAGCUUGGGCGUGUGCAGGAGUUUGACAGUGGCCUACUGCACUGGCGGAUUGGUGGUGGGGACACCACUGAGCAUAUCCAGACCCACUUUGAGAGCAAGACAGAGCUGCUGCCUUCCCGGCCUCAUGUGCCCUGUCCAACAGCCCCCCGGAAACAUGUCAUAACAAUAGAGGGUGUGCCCGGGACAACAGAACAAGAGGGACCUCCACCUGAUGGCCCUCCAGAAAAACGGAUCACAGCCACUAUGGAUGACAUGUUGUCUACCCGAUCUAGCACAUUGACCGAGGAGGGAGCUAAAAGUGCAGAAGCCACCAAGGAAAGCAGCAAGUUUCCAUUUGGCAUUAGCCCAGCACAGAGCCACCGGAACAUCAAGAUCCUAGAGGAUGAACCCCACAGUAAGGAUGAGACCCCACUGUGUACCCUUCUGGAUUGGCAGGAUUCCCUUGCCAAGCGCUGCAUCUGUGUUUCCAAUACCAUCCGAAGCCUGUCAUUUGUGCCAGGCAAUGAUUUCGAGAUGUCUAAACACCCUGGGCUGUUGCUUAUCCUGGGCAAGCUGAUCCUGCUGCACCACAAGCACCCAGAACGAAAGCAGGCACCACUAACUUAUGAGAAGGAGGAGGAACAGGACCAAGGGGUGAGCUGCAACAAAGUGGAGUGGUGGUGGGACUGCUUGGAGAUGCUCCGGGAAAACACCUUGGUCACGCUCGCCAACAUCUCGGGGCAGUUGGACCUCUCCCCAUACCCCGAGAGCAUUUGCCUGCCUGUCCUGGACGGACUCCUACACUGGGCAGUUUGCCCUUCAGCUGAAGCCCAAGACCCUUUCUCCACCCUGGGCCCCAAUGCCGUCCUCUCUCCCCAGAGAUUGGUCUUGGAAACCCUCAGCAAACUCAGCAUCCAGGACAACAAUGUGGACCUGAUCCUGGCCACACCCCCCUUCAGCCGCCUGGAAAAGUUGUAUAGUACCAUGGUGCGCUUCCUCAGUGACCGAAAGAACCCGGUGUGCCGGGAGAUGGCCGUGGUACUGCUGGCCAACCUGGCGCAGGGGGACAGCCUGGCAGCCCGUGCCAUCGCAGUGCAGAAGGGCAGCAUUGGCAACCUCCUGGGCUUCCUUGAGGACAGUCUUGCUGCCACACAGUUCCAGCAGAGCCAGGCCAGCCUCCUCCACAUGCAGAACCCACCCUUUGAGCCAACUAGUGUGGACAUGAUGCGGCGGGCUGCCCGUGCGCUGCUUGCCCUGGCCAAGGUGGAUGAGAACCACUCGGAGUUCACUCUGUAUGAGUCGCGGCUGUUGGACAUCUCAGUGUCACCAUUGAUGAACUCAUUGGUUUCACAAGUCAUUUGUGAUGUACUGUUUUUGAUUGGCCAGUCAUGACAGCCGUGGGACACCUCCCCUCCCUGUGUGUGUGUGCGUGUGUGGAGAACUUAGAAACUGACUGUUGCCCUUUAUUUAUGCAAAACCACCUCAGAAUCCAGUUUACCCUGUGCUGUCCAGCUUCUCCCUUGGGAAAAAAAGUCUCUCCUGUUUUCUCUUUCCUCCUCCUUUCCCUCCCCACCACCCCUCACACCCUUCUGUUCCUGUCCUUACCUUACUCCCCUCAGGACCCCACCCUAUUUGAAAAGACAAAGCUCUGCCUACAUAGAAGACUUUUUUAUUUUAACCAAAGUUACUGUUGUUUACAGUGAGUUUGGGGAAAAAAAAAACAAAAUAAAAAUGGCUUCCCUGGUCCUUGCAUCAAUGGGAUGCCACAUUUCAUAACUGUUUUUAAUGGUAAAAAAAAAAAAAGAAAAAAAAAAGAAAAAAUACAAAAAAAAAAAAACUGAAGGACAAAAAGGUGACUGCUGAACUGUGUGUGGUUUAUCGUUGUACAUUCACAAUCUCGCAGGAGCCGAGAAGUUCGCAGUUGUGAGCAGACCCUGUUCACUGGAGAGGCCUGUGCAGUAGAGUGUAGACCCUUUCAUGUACUGUACUGUACACCUGAUACUGUAAACAUACUGUAAUAAUAAUGUCUCACAUGGAAACGAGAGAAGACGCUGGGUCAGCAGCAAGCUGUAGUUUUUAAAAAUGUUUUUAGUUAAACGUUGAGGAGAAAAAAAAAAUGGCUUUUCCCCCCAAAGUAUCAUGUGUGAACCUACAACACCCUGACCUCUUUCUCUCCUCCUUGAUUGUAUGAAUAACCCUGAGAUCACCUCUUAGAACUGGUUUUAACCUUUAGCUGCAGCGACUGCGCUGCCACGUGUGUAUAUAUAUGACGUUGUACAUUGCACAUACCCUUGGAUCCCCACAGUUUGGUCCCUCUCCCAGCUACCCCUUUAUAGUAUGACGAGUUAACAAGUUGGUGACCUGCACAAAGCGAGACACAGCUAUUUAAUCUCUUGCCAGACAUCGCCCCUCUUGGCGUGAUGCUGUACAGGUCUCUGUAAAAAGUCCUUGCUGUCUCAGCAGCCAAUCAACUUAUAGUUUAUUUUUUUCUGGGUUUUUGUUUUGUUUUGUUUUCUUUCUAAUCGAGGUGUGAAAAAGUUCUAGGUUCAGUUGAAGUUCCUGAUGAAGAAACACAAUUGAGAUUUUUUCAGUGAUAAAAUCUGCAUAUUUGUAUUUCAACAAUGUAGCUAAAACUUGAUGUAAAUUCCUCCUUUUUUUCCUUUUUUGGCUUAAUGAAUAUCAUUUAUUCAGUAUGAAAUCUUUAUACUAUAUGUUCCACGUGUUAAGAAUAAAUGUACAUUAAAUCUUGGUAA